AUGCACUUCUACCUCGCCACCUUUGCCGUCUUUGCAGCGGGCGCGCUUGCUUCGCCCUUUGGCCCCCUCGCCCCAUCCAGCUUCGACCUCAACACCCCAACAGGCACCAAGGAUCGUCGGGUGGAUACAUGGGGCGGAUCAGUUUCUCUGGGUCCUACUAAGAGCACAAUCACCAAGGCGGUGACCACACUCAUUCCUGGUGCUGCCCCUUCGACCCAGAACGGCGAGCUGUUCCUCUGGCCUGGCAUGUCCAAUGGCACAGGCGACCUCGUCCAGACAACACUAGAGUCGUGGCCUGAUAAUUCCUGGUGCGGAGCUACCACUGGGCAGUGGUGCGUUCGCGCGUCAGUCUUUGGCUCGUUCGGUCAGCUCGACGGGGAUGCAUCUCCAGUUUCAGGGACUACUAAGGUCAAGAUUGUCUAUGAGCUCCAGAGUGAUGGGCAGACGUGGAAGCAGACGGUGACGAACGCGGACACCGGCGCGACACUGAGCACUUACAGUCACGCGUCAGGUCCUUACAUGAGGGGUUAUGGUACAGGAACGGAGUGCGACGGUGGUUGCUCUGGGACUAUCGCGGCCCAAAAGUACCUCAAUACUGUCAUUACGCUUGCCGGUGCGGACACCACAUUCGGUAGCACCAUUGCUACCGCUGCAGGAGGGACGUAUAAGGGUCUGACGUCUAGUAAUGGAGGUCAGGUCUGGACCAUUUCUGAGAUCGACAUUCCGGCCAUGGUCUAA